UUGUUACAUUAGAGUGAAUCCAAGUAAUGACAUGGUUUCUAAGCACCAGCAGAUUGAGCUCCUCUGGCUGAGCUACUAUAUAACUGGCUGAGAUGAUGAACUAGUUGGACACAGUUGGUGUGAGAUCCAACAUUUGGUCCUUUAAAGGGCUUUUCUAACCAAGAGGCUAAAUGUUUAUGGGUCUUUGAUGGUAGUGGUUCUUAUUUUGGAGUGUGUAACUGCGCAGGCUGUUAAGGUAUGCAUGACUGAAUAGGUGAACUCCAAACUGAAUUUCACUCAGGACUUGGGAGAUGAUGGAUGGAUAAAGGAGGGCCAUGCUGAUGAGUGGAGAGCUUGAAUUCAUCUGACACAGAAGAUCACCUCUACCACACGGAGGAGAGAGGAACCUGCUGGCUAUGAUGCAUUGCUGGAGCCUGUUUGUGUCCACAUUUACAGUAGUAUGCUUCCUACCUGUGUUUUUGUACAUACUGUAUUGUCAAAUUCCCUCUUAUUAUUGAUCGAAUUGAGCAGUUUGUGUAAUGAUUUGGAGGAUGUUUUUGUAGGACGACUUGUAGGACCAUACAUUUAUUUGAACAUGGGGGAGGAAGUGAAAAAGCGCCCCAUCAUUGCUGGCAGAGAGAAAGGGCCAGGACCGGGGCGUUACGCUCUGCCACCAACCAUUGGUUUCAUCGGCCAUGACUUCACCAAGCCAACCAGCCCUGCUUACUCAUUCCACGGCAGAAUGAGCAACAACUUGUACGGUGUUGACUCCAGUCCUGGGCCUCGGUAUUACAUUGAUGCAAAAAUCACCCGUUUCGGCAGGGAUGGCAACCCCGCAUACUCCAUGUUGGGCAGAGUGAGAGGAUCAUCAAGUAAGUUCCCACCAACUUCAGCAGGGCAUUUCCAGACUCCUGGACCUGGGGCAUACAGCCCUGAGAAUGCUCCUCCAUGCAACACCCAGCGCAGACCCCCAUCCUACACUAUGGGCUCCCGCACUCGCUACCGUACCAUCGACUCAGUCCCUGCCCCCAACAAGUACUGUCUUCCUGCUCUCAUGGGCCCCCAGGUUCCCACCAAGCCAGCCAGUGCCAGCUACACCAUGUCAGGGCACUGCAAAUUAGGGGGUCCCUCAGAAGACCUGGCCAAGACCCCAGGCCCUGGUAGAUACAACAGUACAGAUCCAAGUGUCUACCUGCCCAGGCAACCAGCUUUCUCCAUGCUAGGUCGCCAUGGCUUUCCCAACGAUGCCACUCUGAAGCCUGGCCCUGGAACUCAUAAUCCUGAGAAGGUGACUGUCCACAAGCCCCGGGCUCCUGCCUUCUCUCUGGGCAUCAGACACUCUGAAUUUGUCACCCCACUGGUGGUCAAUGUAGCUGACUGAAAAGC